AUGGUAACCGAAAUAACCGGAGAAAAUAGUGAAAUCGUAAACAAACAAAACAGCGAAGCGUCGCUAGAAAAUAUACAGCCACGGACAACGCUACAGAUUGAAAGUUCUGUGCAAGGUGAGGAAAUCGUUCUUUUAAAAAGGCAGAAACGUGCCUUUAAAGCCAAACUUACAAGGCUUAAACAUCAGAUCGAAAAGCUAUGUAUUACUGACUCGGUCGAAGUAACUGAGGUUGAAUCGAAAGUAGAGCAACUAUGGCAAAAUUUAGAAGAAAUGUACGAAGUUGUAGACGAAAUAACUCGGUAUUAUAUAACUGCCGGUCAGCUUGAAAAACAGUUAGAAUCGAAUAAAGAAUCGGACGAUAUCGAAGCAGUAAUUUCUAAGGCAAUAGAAACCGCACAAAGUUAUCUUUAA